AUGACGUUCUCCCAACCGUCCACCAUCAGCCACAAUCCCGAGGCCCGAGCAAGCUCUCGGCUGUACUUGGUCGCUCAUGAAGCUUCGUUGAUUAGGGGUCAUCCCGACUGGGCCAGGAGCGUACAGGUGCCCAGUCCGAGCACGAGUUCGCUCACGACCGACGCCCGUGGACGUACGAGGAUGAUGAGAUGGGAAGCGGGCAGCGGUCCGGGGUUCGAUGAUCGAGAGGGGGAUGUACAACAAGUGAUUUGGAUCGAUCGGUGCGUUGAACUCGUCGCAUUAGCAAGGAGGUGCUCUCCGUUAAGGAGGCUCGGCUUGAAAAACUGACGAAAAAAACUCCUCACUGAAUCAGAUACGACGCCCUCAACCUUCUUUCCUCCCUACCCAUACUAGAACCAACCACCACACCCCUUCUACCCCCGGACCUAGGCUUCGAAGACCUCCCCGAUGAUGCAGAAGAAAUGUUCUAUUUCGAACCCGAGGAGAGGGAGGCCAUUGAGAGGGAGAGGAGGUCGAAGAGGUUAGAGUUGGGCAGGGAGGAGAGGAUCAAGGCAUUGAAGCGGGAGGAAGAGGAGGAGGAGGAGGAGGAAAAUGAAGAUGAGGAAACUGAGGUGUGUUCGUUUAUUGACGGUCGAGCAAACUCUUCCGAGAGCUAACCCUUGUCGGCCCCGAAAACAGCCCUCCGAGAUCCAAUUGGCACUCAUGAAGAAACUACACACCACCCUCUCCAACGCCGCCGACCCUUCUCUACUCGAAAUACGCAUCAUGGCCAACCAUGGACGGGAUCCACGGUUUGACUUUUUGAGAAAGGAAGGGAAAUGGAGUGACGUAUGGGAGAGGAUCAAGAAAGGGGAACCUGUAGGGGAGGAGGCGAGGCGGAACGCCGAGGAGAAUGUGGGGAAUGGGUUGGGUUUGGGUUUGAAUGGGUAUGGGAGUGAUAGUGAGGAGGAGGAAGGCGAUACAGCGGCAGCAGAGGAGGAGGACAAACUGAAGGAUGCUGCGAACGAAGCGUCGAUCCCGACACCAUCGACUGAAGAGGACAAGGACGAACAGGAACGACGGGCAAAGAAGGCCGAGAAGAUUAAGGAGUGGGCAAGAAAGAGGAAGGAAGCAAGGGAAAAAGAAGCGGACAAGACGCAAGACGCUUCAUGA